CCAAUCAAACCACCAUUCACCACACCCUAUUCCAUAUCAAUACACUCAAAAAAAUGGCAACAAUAUCCGGUAUUAGCCUCUCAAUUACUGGAGUCUUAUCAUCAGACUUGCCCAAAACCUCAACUGGGCUAAAACCAUCAUGGGUCAAAAUGCCCAUGACAUCCGGAAGGAUGUACAUGAGGCCCAUCAGGGCUGCACCCGAUAGUCUAUCUGAACAGAUAGCCGGCAGCAUUCAGAAUGCUAAGGAGUCGUGUGCCGAGGACCCGGCUAGUGGUGAGUGUGUGGCUGCUUGGGAUGAAGUUGAAGAAUUGAGUGCGGCGGCUAGCCAUGCUCGUGACAAGGCCAAAGACUCUGACCCCUUGGAGACUUAUUGUAAGGACAACCCUGAGACUGAUGAGUGCCGUACAUAUGACAAUUAAUCGGUAGAUAUAUGUCAUAUGAUAUAAUUAUUAUCGAAAAAGUAAUAUUGUUUAGCGGAUUAUUUGUGUUUGUUAUAUGGAUGGAUAUCGAAUUAUAACAGUUGCUCUAGGCCUGAUAUGUAUGUAUGAUAACUUGUUAUAAUAUCUGAAUCAUAUAUACACAUAUUUUGUUGGAUCA